CUCUGUGCCUGGAUUUGGAUUGCCUGUGUAGUCAGGGCAGGCUGCAGAGGGAGGUCCCGGGUUGCCUGCUGUCAACCAGGGAAGAACUUGUAGAUUUGUCCUCUCUCCAGCCCGAGGAUCUCAGCAUGGCUAGCCUCUCUGGUGUCCGGCUCCCUCCUGGACUUUUCCAGCUAGCAGUUCUCUUACAAGUCAUCUGCCUGUGCCUAGCUCAAAGUCCUAAAGGUGCCCGUGGUCCAGUGGGACUCCCAGGCCCAGCAGGUUUUCCUGGUUCAGAUGGAAUAGAUGGAGAGCCAGGGCCACUGGGCAUACCUGGUCCAGCAGGUGCAAAAGGUGACCUGGGUGAACCCGGUCCAGCUGGAUCUCAAGGCGAUGCCGGACUCGAUGGUGUAGAAGGUUCAAAGGGAGAACCAGGUGGUCCUGGAGGUAUGGGUGCUAAGGGUCAAAGGGGACUGUCCGGGCCACCUGGAACGGCUGGGCUUGGAUUCCCAGGACCUUCUGGUCCUUCUGGACGAGUUGGUCUUCCAGGAGAAAUCGGACGUCCUGGUCCCAAAGGUGCGGCGGGUCAAAGGGGCCCAGUCGGACCGCCAGGACCAUCCGGGAUUCAAGGUAAUUCAGGCAAUGUCCAUGCUGGAGAGGGGAGUGCGGAUCUGUGCCCGACCUCAUGCCCUCCUGGACUUAAAGGCCCCCAAGGACUUCAAGGCUUAAAGGGACACAAGGGCCGAUUAGGACCAUCUGGAGAGUCAGGGAGACAGGGUACUAUGGGUGUUAAAGGUCAAAUCGGCAUCUCCGGAGAACAAGGCAUCCCAGGCGCUCGAGGCCCCCAAGGGCUUCAAGGAUACCCUGGGAUGAUGGGUCCAAAGGGGAAACAAGGUCCCUCUGGCUAUAAGGGGACGAUCGGUCCAGUAGGUCCGAGAGGACUUCAGGGCCCCCAAGGGCCGGAGGGAUCUCUUGGGGCUCCUGGUGAGAAAGGAGAAGUGGGAGAACGAGGACAACGUGGCCGUCAGGGAUUGACUGGACUCAAGGGUCAGAAUGGUUUACCAGGGAUCGAUGGCAAGGAUGGAACUCCUGGUAUUCCUGGUAUGAAGGGAGGAACAGGCAGACUAGGAUUCCCAGGAGCACCUGGGUCUCAAGGGGGUGCUGGUUUAUCAGGGCAGCCCGGGCAGAAAGGCGGACCUGGUGACAAGGGGGAGAGAGGUGUGCGGGGAAUGACCGGCCCUUUUGGACGUCGAGGCAAACUCGGCGAGAGAGGAGAUCAGGGUGAGAUUGGGCCACCAGGUCCUCAAGGUGAGAAGGGUGACAGAGGUAUGAUGGGUAUGAGUGGUCCUCCCGGUCCCCGAGGGCGAACUGGGGUGAAAGGGGAACGAGGUCCCACUGGGUUCCCAGGUGCUCAAGGCAUCCCUGGACUUAAGGGAGACAAGGGAUUCCAAGGAAAAGUAGGAUUCAAAGGUGACUUUGGUGACCCUGGAGUCGAAGGCCUGGAUGGUGAGAAAGGAGAACCGGGUGACUCGGGAGAACCGGGAGUAGUCGGGGAGGAAGGUGUCCCGGGAGAGUCAGGAUACCCGGGAGCCGCUGGUGACCCCGGUGAGCCGGGGGUGGAAGGUCGGGCCGGACCUCCGGGCCCUCGAGGGAUCCAGGGAGAGCGUGGCACCGUUGGCAUAGGCGGGCGUGAGGGAGUGCCGGGAAGAGAUGCAGAUGACCAGCACAUUGUUGAGGUGGUCUUAAAAAUGAUGCAAGAGCAGUUAUCAGCGAUGGCGGUCAGUGCGAAGAGAGAAGUGUUGGGCGGAGCAGGGAUGACGGGGCCGCCCGGCCCCCCCGGGCCCUCAGGCUCCCCUGGGGAACAGGGAGACCAUGGGUCGCCUGGGCCGCGAGGCCUGCACGGGCACACAGGCGUCCACGGUCAGAUUGGCAACACGGGACCCAAAGGAAAGCGAGGAGUGAAAGGAGAUCGAGGUCCAAUUGGACGUGGACACCGAGGUCUUCCAGGCCCACCCGGCAUCACAGGACACCCCGGAAUGCCGGGACGCAGCAGAGACGGCAGAGAGGGCGAGCGAGGUGAGCCUGGGAUCGAAGGGCAGUCGGGAAGUCCUGGGUUACCGGGAGUCCCUGGGAUUUCCGGAUUCUGCGAAGCCGCCGCUUGCUUAGGGGCCUCGGCGUUCCUGUCCUCCGGAGGUGGUCCGGACAUGAAGGGGCCUUGAGCGAACUGUGCUGCCCCUACAGACGUGCAGGGAAACACCAGAGAAACCGCAUGUGCAGCAAAGAGGAGAGAAAGAGCCAGCAGGAGAAACACGGAAUCGAUUUUUUUUUUCUCUCGACGAUUGUUCUGGUUUAAAACCAUUCGGUGCUUUUAUUUUUUCACAAGAAGAAAACAGAAACUCAACAAAGAUCAAUCACCCCUUUCUCACGUCGCAGAAUUAACCGAAACCCAGAGAUUUACAAAGAGACUUAGUCAAGGUUUUUCGAGUCAGGCAAAUCCAGCAAAUCUGAAGGAUUGAUAAAAAAUGUUCAUUACUUUCCUUAGCGUCUUGUUCACUUCCGUAUUAUUUUCCAAUUGA